CUCAAGAUCAGAGGCGUUGAGAAGGUUACACAUGCGCGUUGGCUCGGCGCUGGGAUCUGCCGGACAAAUGAACCCAGAUAGCAGCUCCAGCUUGUUUCUUUUUAUAUAAAAAUAUAUCUGUAUUCAGUCAUGAGCGGAACUUUUUUUUUGUUGAGUAAAUAUAGGUAGGAGCUGGAUAUUGAAAUCGAUAUAGAGUGUUUUUGACUUCCGCCAGGACCUGUUGAUAGCCUCGACCAACGGCGCUGCAAUGGAGGUAUCUGAAAUAGAAGAAUGGCUUUGAAUUAAGAAAAGAGCAACUGAAAGAAACCAUGGAAAUCAUGGAUACUCGUGGUGCCUUGGAGGCGGUGGAGAGACUGCAAGCCAAGCUGAAAGAGAGGGGGGAGGCCCCCACGCAGGAGACGCUCUCCCUGCUCAAGACGCUGCUGCAGAGCCCUCUCUUCCAUCACAUACUCACCACACAGCAGCCAAAGAGAGCGCCCAGAGCCAAGGGGAGGCGAAUUUCCAAGUCUGUGUCCAUGAACAGCGGUGCAUGCGUUGGCCUGAAGGCGCUGUCUCACAGUGACUCUUACACCUGGGCCGUGGAGAACAGACGCUCCAGCACCACCAAGUAUUUCCACCGGGAUGGAAGUCACUCCUCGCUGGACUCCUUGGACCUGCACUGCACAGACUUCUACCCCGAGGACUCCAUGCCCGCCGAGUCGCAGUUCUGCACCCCCCCGCGUAUUUCCAGAACAAUGUCUAUGGGGAGAAACCUGGCUGCCAUCGCCCAUGAGCGGCGUCACGUGGAGAUCAUAGAGCUGAACAACGACGGCAAGGGGCUGGGCUUCGGCAUCGUCGGCGGCAGGAGCACGGGGGUCAUGGUCAAGACCAUCCUCCCCGGGGGGGCCGCCGGCCAGGAUAAGCGUCUCUGCAGCGGCGACCAGAUCCUGCGGAUCGGAGACACUGACCUUCUGGGGAUGAACAGUGAGCAGGUGGCCCAGGUGCUGCGCAACGCUGGCAGCCAAGUGAAGCUGCUGAUCGCCAGAGACGACGCCAAGGAUAACCACCUCUCCUCCCCUGUCCUCUGCCCACGCGGGGCCGACGCCACGCUCAGUGACUCAGAGGAGGACUAUGAGUUCAGCGUGCAGUUCACUAAAAACUCUCUGGGACUGGGAUUCACCAUCACAAGCUACAUAGGCGACCUAAACGCAGUUUACAGUGCAGGUGUGACAGUGAAGAGCGUAGUGAAGGGCAGCACUGUGGACCAAGAUGGCCGCCUUCACAUCGAGGACAUCAUCCUCGAAGUGGACGGGGUGAGCCUCCAGGGUUGCAGUGAGCAGCGGGCCAUGGAGGUGCUCAGGAGGACAGGCCCCCUGGUCAGGCUGCGGCUGCUGAGGAAGGCGGUGCGUCUGAGCCAUAUCCUGCCUCCGGUUCCCCCCCUGCAGCCCCUCAGACACUCCCACAGCUUCAACGCUGGGAACCCGUACCGGGUGGCCCUCAGCAGGAUCCAGGAGCCAGCAGGGAUCCGUACUCUGAGUGAAAUCUCCCGGCGGGCCGCCUAUGCCAGCAGACGACCCAGGCACGACUGGAGGAAUGGAGUCAAGCUCACGCCAGCCGAGGAGCAGGACCUGCAGAGGAGGUGGGAGCGGGCCAUCGGGCCUCGGUUUGAAGUUGUGGUGUGCCAGCUGCAGCGGUUUAGCGCCAGCAGCGGCCUGGGCCUGAGCCUGGAGGCGCGCGCCGGACACCACUACCUUUGCUCCGUCCUGCCCGAGGGGCCCGUGGGCCAGAGCGGCAGGGUCUUCACCGGAGACCAGAUCCUCGAGCUCAACGGUAUCCCGCUGAUCGGAGAGACGCACAAGGAGGUGGUGAGCAUCCUGAAGGAGCUGCCGCUGCAGAUCUGCCUGGUGGGCUCCCGUGUCCGGGCCCCUGUGGUCCCGGAGAGCAGCGAGGACGAGGAGGAUGAGUCCCAGCUCACCCUCAAGGAGCUGCUGGCUGAGUUCAAUGACAAGUUGGACCACGGCUGUGUCCUCCCAUGUCCAACAGCCGAGGACAUCACCAAGCGGGGGGUGCCCCCCGUGUCGCCCCCCCUGGCCAUGUGGGAGAGACAAACCUACGUGGUGGAGCUGGAGAAAGGGGAGUCUGGGCUGGGCUUCAGCAUCCUGGACUACCAGGAUCCCGAGGACGCCACCAAGACGGUGCUGGUCAUCCGCUCGCUGGUGCCCGGGGGCGUGGCCGACCAGGACGGCAACCUGCUCCCCGGGGACCGGCUGAUGUGCGUGAACGACUCGGACCUGCAGGGCUCCAGCCUGGACUACGCCGUGCACGUCCUCAAGUCCACCAGCUACGGCCCCGUCCGCAUCGGCGUAGCCAAGCCGCUGCCGUUGGAGCUGUGCGGUGGUCUGACGCCAAUCUCAGAGCGCAGCGCGCGUGCCUCCUACGAUGACGCUGACGGCCUCGUUCAGCUUAGCCUGCUAGCCGAGCUGACAGACGCUAACGCCAACGCCGGCCAUUCUGAGGAGAACCACAGCAGCAGCAGCCAGCUAGUCUACUCCAGAACGGAAAAGUUCCCCGCUCAGCACUCCGCCAUCAUGGACGACGGCGAUAAGCAGCAAGCCCCACCCCCCGUCCCCCACAACCGCCACCAGAGGACAAUCACUGUUGUCCGGGGCAACCAUAGCCUUGGGGUGUCAGUGGGUGCCCUGAAGGACGGUUCAGGUGUGUUGGUGCGCAGUGUGCUCGAGGACGGGUGUGUCGGCCGGGACGGCAGGCUGGAGGCCGGUGACGUCAUCCUGGCCAUCAACGGAGAGGGAACCAGCAACAUGACCAGCGCCAAGGCCCGGGCCCUGCUGCGCAGACACUCUGUGAUUGGACCGGAGAUACAGGUGACCUACGUCCCAGCCAGCCAGGUGGACGAGCACCGCGCCAGCCUGCACCUGCCUCCUCUGGCCUCCCUCGCUGCCCCCAGCCCCACGCCCACUCCUUCUCCAGAACCUCCACAACCACCCCCCACCACGACCGGACCCCCGGGUCACCUGCAAACACAACUACCCCCCACCAGGACAGGGCCCCCCACCACGACCGGACCCCUGGGUCACCUGCAGACACUACCACCCCCCACCACGACUGAACCACCGGGUCCCCUGCAGACACUACCACCCCCCACCACGACCAGACCCCCGGGUCACCUGCAGACACAAGCACCCCACCACCAACCCAUCCUGUCACAAGCCUCCCGGGUCCCGGGUCCCACGCCAGGUGUGGACCUCUCAGCAGCCGGGGCAGCGGUCCAACUCAGAGCUAAAGUCAACAGCCCGUUCACCAAACCCGUACAGACCAUCAGCCCGGCCUCCGAUACAAGUUGGCAACCCCCCCGCUCCCCGCUCCUCAGGGACAGGAGAGAAGACAGGAGGGAUGGAGGGAUUGAGGAGCGAGGCCAGAACAAGGAGGAGAAGGAGGAGCAGAGGAAGAGGAGGAAUGUACCGACCUUGUGGGUCAGCGCGGCGGUGGGCAGCAUCAAUGACGAAGAGGAGGAGGACGAGGACGCAGAGGAACUGAACAACCCCAGAAUCCAGUCCUGGGGUCAGCCACGCAGCGUGGUGCUGUGGCGGGCGGGGGGCCGGUCCCUGGGCAUCAGCAUCACGGGGGGCCGAGGCAUGGGCAGCAGAGUCCCCGGUGGAGAGGUGAUGAGGGGGGUCUUCAUCAAGCACAUCAGCCCGGGCAGCCCCGCCGCACUCAACGGCACCCUGAGGACCGGAGACAGGAUCCUGGAGGUGUGUGGCGUGGACCUGAGGGACGUGAGCCACGAGGAGGCGGUGGAGGCCAUCCGUAAAGCAGGGGACUCGGUAGUGUUCCUGGUCCAGACCGGACAGGACAGAGCUCAGUCUCCGCUGCUCGGGAACCAUGAGAGACGAACCCCGACCCCUCAGUCCAACUCACAGAACACCAAGGACACAGAGAAUGUCAGUAAUAUCUUCCUUAGUUUAUCCCCCGCAAACCCCUUCACUCCUACCCCCUUCAAGGUACCGCCGCCAGCAACAGCCAAUAGGACAGACCAGAGAGGCCCCGCCCGCGUGGUGUCACCAACAGCCAAUAGGAGGGCCCAGAUGGGCCCCGUCCAUGUUGUGUCACCGGGAGCCAAUAGAAUGGACCAGACAAGCCCCGCCUCCGUCGUGUUACCAGCAGCCAAUAGGAUGGAGCAGACGGCCGUCAGGGCACUGAAGGAGGGCGCAGCAGAGGGCGAGGACGAAACCAGCAGGCGCAUGCUGCAGCGCUAUGGCAGCCUGGCGGGCCAGCUCCUGAUGGUGGAGCUGGAGAAGGACCCCCGGGGGCCCGGCCUGGGGCUCAGCCUGGCGGGGAACAGGGACGGCUCACGGGCCCGCAUGAGCGUCUACGUGGCGGCAGUGGACCCCCGGGGGGCGGCCGGCGCCGACGGGAGAAUACGCCCCGGGGACGAGCUGCUGGAGAUCAACGGUCAGGUCCUGUACGGGCGGAGUCACCAGAACGCCUCCACCCUCAUCAAAAAUGCCCCCGCUAAAGUCCACAUCAUCCUGAUCAGAAACACAGCGGCACUGAGUCAGAUGGACUGUGGCGCCAAAGCAGAAGACCUAGGGGACGGCCACACACAGGCUUACAUCCCCGAACCUGGGGACCCAUAUAAGGACAUCCUCCACAUCGUACUUCCGCAGGAUCAUGUGUCUCUGGGCGUGUCCCUGGAGCAGGACCCCGCCCGGGGGGCCGUGCUCGUCAGCUCGCUGUCCCAGCACGGAGCCGCCGCAAAGGACGGAAGGAUUAAGGUUGGAGACGCAAUCCUCUCCGUGGGGGACCAGGCUGUGGCAGGAUUCUCAGCGGAUAUGGUGUCUGGUAUGAUAAAGCGCCAACGGAUCUCGGUCAAACUCUCCCUCGGCCGCGCCCGACCCCCCUCCUCCCUCUCCAACGUCUCCAUAGCCUCCACCACCUCCGCCACCUCCACCACCUCCACCUCCCUGACCCUCCCCACUGCCUCCCCCUCCCCCCGCUCCCUCUCGCCGUACAGCGCCCCCCCCUCCUCCUCCUCCCCCUCCUCCUCCUCCCUCCUCGUGCCCUCUCCCUUGCCCUUCUCCCUCCACGCCAGCGGGCCUGCCGACCUCCCGGGGAACCCGGCGGACCCCCAGGGCUGCCUGGUUGCGGCGGGCCGGGAGAGCACCAUAGAGAUCUGUAAAGGGAGCACGGGCCUGGGCCUCAGCAUCGUGGGGGGCUGCGACACGCUGCUGGGGACAGUAAUAAUCCACGAGGUGAACUACGGCGGAGCAGCCCAGAGAGAUGGGAGGCUGCUGGCCGGAGACCAGAUCCUAGAGGUGAACGGCAUCGACCUGCGGCAGGCCACCCACGAGGAGGCCCUGGGGGUGCUGCGUCUGAGCACCCAGCGGGUGCGCCUGUGUGUGUUCCGGCACCAGGAGUCCUACCGGGAGGAGGACCUGUGGGACGUGUUCACCCUGGAGCUCCGGCCCCAGCCCGGCCGUGGCCUGGGCUUCUGCACCGUUGGCAAGAACAACGACACUGGAAUCUUCGUGUCAGAAAUCCUGCACCAGGGCGUGGCUGAUAAAGAUGGCAGGCUGUUGCUAGGUGACCAGAUUCUGUCAAUCAACGGAGAAGAUGUCCGGGCUGCGUCCCAGAAGCAUGCAGAGAAGCUGCUACAGAACUGCGGUGCAGUGGUGUAUCUGGAGGUGGCUCGCUUUAAAGCUGGACUCCAAUACCCACAAGGCAGCCAGGAGUACUUUAAGUUAUGCUUUAUCCAGAAUGAGGACUCGGAUUGCUCAACCUUGACCCCCUCCAGUGCGUGUGAAACCGCCAUCGGUCACCAGAGGGAGACAGAGAGCAAAGCAGACGGCUGUGCUGUUAGGAAAGUGGUCCUCGAGAAGGGUGCAUGCGAGUCCCUGGGCGUCUGCGUGGCAGGUGGCCUGGGCAGUCCCCAUGGCGACGUGCCGCUCUUCAUCGCUGCCAUACAUAGAAGCGGACCGGCGGCCAAGACUCACCAACUGCAGACUGGGGACAGGCUCAUCAGCAUUAACGGUGCUUCUACUGAGGGGAUGACCCAUCUGGAGGCGGGAGCCAUGUUGAAGAACGCCACUGGAACCAUCACUCUGCACGUGGCAGCAGAAAGCGAUCCACAGGACCAGGGUGACAGCCAUCCUCUGUGUCUGCUCUCCUGCCCAAACAACCUCUGCGCCCGGGCAUAUCAGACCAUCGCCCUUGAGCGGGGGUCUUCUGGCCUGGGGUUCAGCGUGGUGGGAGGCUUCGGCAGCCCUCACGGGGAUCUGCCAAUCUACGUCAAAACAGUCUUCAGCAAGGGUGCGGCGCUGGAGGACGGCCGUCUGAAGCGCGGAGAUCAGAUCAUCGCGGUGAACGGCCACUGUCUGGAGGGCUCCACUCACGCCGAGGCUGUGGAUGUCAUCAAGAGGACCAAGGGAACCGUGGUCCUCACCGUUCUCUCAUGAUGUCACCCUGCUCGUGUCCCACGCUGAUGAUGUCAUCAAGAACAAACUAGGGUGCUGAUCGUAGUUUGGCGUACUUUGAUAGGGUUGUGGUGAAUGUCUGCGUACAGUGGACAGAGGUAGAGAGGCAUAAUAGGACAUUUGUAACAGUUAAGCUAUCUGUCUUUGUUGAAGUGUAGGUCAUUGAAGAACUUGCUGGUGAGCUACCUCUAUUCAUGUACUCCUAACAGUAUAAGUUUAUUACAUUUUGCUACUGUCAGUAUUUUUAAAUCACGUUUCAUGUCCUUUUUUUCCAAUGUGAAUAUUAAGCAGAACUAUGUAUACAAAGGUAUGUCCUGGAUGGUCUGGAUAGAUGAAGGACUAUCAGAGGAGUUAUAUCACAAGUCAUCACAUAACAAUAUGCAUUUAUUAUGUAUGGAAUAUACAAUCUCAAAAUACACAGCAGAAUAUUUGUUCGCAUAUCUUACAUCAGAAAUGAUUAUUUAUUAUUAUUAAGACCCUUUUUAAGAUUAAGUCUAUGUAUUGAGUAUUUAUUUAUGUAGUAUUUAUUAUGGCAAAAUCAAAGUCAUUGAUGGAAACAGAAAUACAAGAUUGUCUUGAUUUGAUUGAUAUUGGGAUUGUAUACCUGUAUACUUCUAUACAGUACAUCAGAUAUUUGCAUUAAUGCUAGGUUAUCUACUGAUUUCAUUCAUGGACUCAUCGGUAGUUGAUGAGUGGACACUAUUUUAACGGGCUGCCCACCUUCUCAAACAGCAAUGCUUAUUAAGUGAUACUGCCAAUCUUUUAUAGGGCAUUAUGUAGGGUCUUAAAGUGUGUUUCAUUUCUAAUCUUAAUUUUGUCAAUGAAUCUCUCAUUAGGUGUGUAUUACCAUUCACCUUUAAUGAUAGCAUACUUAUGAUGUAAUAAUUUAUUUUAAUACAUUUUUUCUUCAACCUCUGCGGUGCUUUUGUCUCUUACCUCUCAGUUUUUGGUUCAAAUGUCUGCAUUUAAUAUACUUUUAAUUAUUAAAGAUUUAUUUAAUACUCCA